UUCUGUCUAUUGUUUGGUGUCCGAGAAAAUCCAAGAAAACUGAAAAAGAAGAAGAUUGUUGAUACAAGUGAAGAGCUCAACUAAAAUAAAACUGAAUUGAACAUGGAUAUAGCGAGACAUCAGGCUCGGAUCAAUCAGCUUGUGAGGGAGAUGCUUGUUGAGGGACUUUUGAAUGGCCAAUUCCAACUAGUUCAAACAAUACGAGCAGCCAGUGAUUGUCAGUUAGUUGCGAAAAUGAUCCUCGUUUACUGCACUCUAAUCGGGAAGAACAUCAGAGCAAUUGCCAACUAUCUGACAAAACCUAACGUUAACUAUGCAGGAGCAGCUGUUCAUGCUGGCCACCUUGGAAUACGUAGUUGUAGUAUUGGAGCCCAAUCCAUACUACAUGCUUGUUGUCUCUUUGUGCAGGCCUGUGCAUAUGGAUCUAAGGAACGACGUGUCAAUCUGUUGUACAGGUUGUAUCGUCAAUAUUCACAUCUUCACACCAAAUUCAUGGAAGUCCUUCAGCUGGAGGUGCAAAUAUUUCUUCAUACACGGCAGAGCUAGCAUUUUGCAUGUUUGUUGAAGCCUCAACCGAGUCUCUAAGGUGCUGGAUUUUACACUAAUGAGUCCCACAACUUAUUAUACUAUCCUUUCUCAGAAAGAAACUAGAUGGUACUCUCAUAGAGAGUUUUGUUAAUAUUGCUUCAAAACUUCCCCUUCUGUGGACUCUCAUCCCACUUCUGAAGAAUAUGACUUCUAACUGGCUGAAGUAUCCAAUGAAUAGCAGACAUUCCGUUCAGUAUAUAACUCACAGUAACAUCAACUGCUGCCAAGCCCUUCUCUUGUAUGAUCCUUUCUUCCUCUGUUUUUCCAUGAAAUCCUUGAUCUUUCUCUGAACAUUUGAUGUGUUCAGGCUCCUGAACUCAAAGGGCCCAAAUGCAAGUACAGUUUCACUAGCUUUUGAAGAAAUUCACUGAGCAGGUACAUAUGCAUUCCUUUUAGAACAGUGGAUUCAAUGGUUCAUCCUCACAUGCCUUACAGCUUUGUGCAGCCCAUUUAAUUUGUUGUUAAUUUCCCUGGAGAAAACUAGAUCAGAAGCAGGCUAAGAGAUACUUCUUCUGAAAGUGAAAUAUAAAAAUUACAUUGUUUUAAAUUUUAGAGAUGCAGACUAUUUGCAUGUUCCUUGACAUCAUCUCACCCAUAGUAGUUGUAAAUUUAAUUUCUUGCCACAUUCAAGUGAUUUGUAUUCUAUUUAAAGAGAAU